CGCGAGCCGCUCUUCCGCCUUGCCCAUAAAACGUGGGCCACACGUGGGCCGUCUACAGUGGAUGCCAGCGCUCCACUGCUUGCUUGUAGCCGCCGCCGGCCUCGACGAGGCCAGCCAGCGAAGCACUGGCGGCUCGACGAGACACACCGCCGGGAAUGUCGACAUACAGCUGCUGCGCUCGCUCUGGCCUCAGUCGGAGUCCCUGCUCAACGCGUCGCAGCUGGACUCCGGCGUCGAGCUCGCCGGCGCGGACGACCGCCUGGCGUGCGUGCGCGCUGCUCUCGCGCGGCGAACGCCGGUCAGCAUCGGCGCCAUCGGAGGCUCCAUCACCGCAGGCAGCAACUAUGCGGUCCGGUCCGGCGCCACGCACCUCUACCACCACAAGCUCCUCGCCGCGCUCGACGCGAUCCACCCCGUCCGCAACGGCCACUCGCUCAGCAACGGCGGCGUGCCCGGCACCGGCCCGACCUACAUGGAACACUGCGUCCACGAUCACAUGCCGAGGCGCGCCGACCUGCUCCUCGUCGAGUACGCCGUCAACACGGACCGGAACCCCGCCUCGUUCGAGCGCCUCCUCCGCACUCUCCUGCUGCUGCCCCACGCGCCCGCCCUCGUCGUCGUCAACGCUCACAGGUGGAGGGCCGUCCGGCCCCAGGACGGGCGGACCGACAAGUGCUGGAACAGCAAGUGGCCGGUCGACAUGGCCGCCAACGCCACGCAGCGGGCGGCGCAGUCUUGGGGCAGCGCCGGCCAGCGCGACGAGAUCAACUCGGACGAGGACGCGAUCGCAGACUUGUGCCGCCACUACAACGUGCCGCUCGUGUCGAUGCGCGGCGCGCUGCUUGGCGCCGUGCGCUCGGGCGCUCUCUCUAUCCCGGCCUUCAUGCGGGACUGCAAGCACCCUGCCGGAGAAGGGCACACCUACCUCGCCCAGCUCCUCCUCCACCGUCUGCUCUCUCCGCCGGCGCUCACGCAAGCGCCGCCGGCACGAGGCCACCCUCACAAGUGCCGGAGGGCGCCGGCUGCGCUGGCGGGCCCGCUGCACGGCGAGAGCGGGCGCGAGUCUGCUGCGAGCGUCUGUGCGCGGGGGUCGCAGCUGCCGCGCUUCGUCGCGUCGGCGCAGGGCUUCGAGCUGACGGACGAAGGCAGGGGGCCCGGCAAGCUCGGGUACGUUGCGUCCCAGCCCGGCGACAGCCUCUCCCUCUGCCUACCCUUCCCCGCGGGCGGCGCCGCGGCUCGCAGCCCAAAGGUGCUGUGGCUGGGCUACCUGCGCAGCUACGAGCACAUGGGCCGCGUCCGCGUCUCGUGCGACGGAGGCUGCUCCUGCCUCGCGACGCUCAUCGACGCGCACGACACCAAGGACGGCGUGAGCGUCACCGACGUGCGGCGGGUCGUGCUCCGCGCGGCGAGGCGCGGGGUGGGCGAGGAAAGGGAGGCUGCGGGGCGAGGGGCGGGCUGCUGCUCUGUGCGGCUGCGGGUGGCGCAGGGCUCCUCCUCCGGCGAGCACAAGUUCAAGCUGAUGUCUUUGCUGCUCGGAGGCGCCGACGCGAACAGCCUGCAAACCUUCAGUUUGCGCGUCGCCGCGAGCGCGUCGGAGACGGCGGUCGCGGGGGGUCGCUCGACGGGCACCGGCUGACAAGUUCUCGUUUUCGCACUUUUCACUGAAUUCGAGAGCGAUUUUGUUUGCCUGAAUUCGUCUUCGUAUGAUACAACCGGGAUGUUAU